GAACCCAAGUCCCGCCUUCCCCGUCUCCCGAUAGGCUGGUUCGCACGCCGCGGCCGCCAUGGUCCUCGCGUGUUCCUGUCAGCGUGCAGCUUGUAUCAUCAGAGAGGAAAAUGGCGAGUUUGUGUGUGCAGGCGGCCCGGCAAAGCUUCUCCUACCUGACUCUGGCCACCAUUGGGAGAGCAUCCCCACGGCGGUUAUGCACAGCCGCCUCCGGGCUGAAGAACAGCAACAGUGCAGGGGAGAAGAGUGAGAAUCCCGAGCAGAGUGUGGUGGAGAAGGUCCUGGUGGAGAAGACCCAGCUGGAGGAGCAGCUCAGGGAAAUGACUGAUAAGUACAAGCGAGCCUUGGCAGAUACAGAGAACCUUCGGACGAGGCAUCGGGGAAUGGUUGAGGAUGCGAAAUUAUUUGGUAUUAAGGACUUCUGCAAGGACCUGCUAGAGGUGGCUGACAUUUUGGAGAAAGCGACAGAAAGCGUGCCCAAAGAGGAAUUGACAAGCCACAACAUUCACCUGAAGAACCUUUACGACGGCCUGGUGAUGACGGAGGCGGCGAUGCAGAAGGUGUUCACCAGGCACGGCCUCGUCAAGCUCAACCCUGAUGGUCAGGUGUUCGACCCGUACAAGCACGAUGCCAUCUUUGAGAUGGUCACAGAGGGGAAAGAGCCCGGCACUGUCGCCGUAGUGACCAAGGUGGGCUACACGCUUCACGAACGUGUUCUCAGGCCGGCAGAGGUGGGCGUGGUCAAAGCCCCCUAGGCAGGCGAUUGAGACUAACCAUGCACACUGGGCUUCCUGCGCCAGGUGAAGAUUGGCUGUGUUUGUCUGUAAUGGCACAGUAAACACAAAUGAUUUCAUCACAACUUGUCUUUAGUUUAAUCUGGUGAUCACUUGCCACUUUUUGGCACAAGCCAUGCAGUAAAAAGUGAGUAUCAAUUGAAAUGUUAACUUCUUGAGGAUGAUUAUGUUUCUGUUGAGUUGGUACCUUGUUAAAAACAGUAAGAAACUCAUAAACCCCAUUAAAGGGCAUUUUUAAGCAGUGACAUAAUUGUCUGUGUGAACCAAAUUGGCAAGUGAACUCGAAACCAUCUGCAUUGACAACCUCAAAAUAAAACUGACACAACCGUCA